ACUUUGCAGAUUGGCUCGUUCUUCAUGAUCAACCUAUGUCUGGUGGUCAUCGCCACCCAGUUCAGUGAGACCAAGCAGCGGGAGCACCAGCUGAUGCAGGAGCAGCGGGCCCAGUGCCUGUCCUCCUCUACCCUGGCCAGCCUGCAUGAACCGGGGGACUGCUACGAAGAGCUCUUCCAGCUGGUCUGCCACAUGCUGCGCAAGGCCCGCAGGAGAUCUGUAGCCCUGUAUAACCAACUGAGGGGAAGGCCUCUGCCACCACCACCCACUAGAGGGAGAGGAAGAGGAGGAGGAAGAGGAGGAGGGGAAGGAGGAGGGAGUGCGAACGGAGGGGAACGGCAUCACCUGAGGCAGCCACGACAAUCUCACUGUCCUCACCAAAGCAAGCUGGACUCAGUCCACAGCUCCCAACCCCUGGGCAACUCCAUCGCCCUGGCCGUCCCUCAAAACACAGAGGACUGCCCUCAGUGCGCUACGGCACUGUCACUCAGGGAGGGGGCGGGAGCUGUGGGCGACUCGGCCAAUGGGGAGGAGGAGGGGGCCGUGGAGGAAACGGACAGGGAGGAGAACCACUUGGAGGAGAAAGCGGAAGAGGGGGAGGGAGUGAAGAAGAAGAGGAAGAGGAGGUCGUGUUUUGGACACUGUAAGGACAUGUGGGAUGAGAUGAGGAAGAAACUUUGGGGCAUCGUGGAGAGCAAAUACUUCAAUAGAGGAAUCAUGAUCGCUAUUCUCAUCAAUACUAUCAGCAUGGGGAUAGAACACCACAACCAGCCGGAGGAGCUGACUAACGUGUUGGAGAUCAGUAACAUUGUGUUCACCAGUAUGUUCACCCUGGAAAUGAUCCUCAAGCUGACCGCCUUUGGCUUCUUCGCCUACCUGAGGAACCCCUACAACAUCUUCGACGGCAUCAUCGUCAUCAUCAGUGUGUGUGAGAUCAUAGGUCAGUCUGAUGGAGGUCUGUCUGUCCUGAGGACCUUCAGACUGUUGAGGGUGAUCAAGCUGGUGCGCUUCAUGCCAGCGCUACGCAGACAGCUGGUGGUGCUGAUGAAGACCAUGGACAACGUGGCCACCUUCUGCAUGCUCCUCAUGCUCUUCAUAUUCAUCUUCAGUAUCCUGGGGAUGCAUAUCUUUGGCUGUAAGUUCAGUCUGAAGACAGAGACUGGAGACACUGUUCCUGACAGGAAGAACUUUGACUCUCUACUGUGGGCCAUUGUCACUGUGUUUCAGAUUCUGACUCAGGAAGACUGGAACAUGGUGCUGUAUAAUGGAAUGGCCUCCACCUCCCCCUGUGCUGCUCUCUACUUUGUGGCUCUAAUGACCUUUGGCAACUACGUCCUCUUCAACCUGCUGGUGGCCAUCUUGGUAGAGGGCUUUCAGGCUGAGGGGGAUGCCAACCGGUCGUACUCCGAAGACGACAGGUCCUCGUGUAACUUUGACGAGAACUCUGACAAGCUGAAGGACUCGCUUCAUCUCUCUGACCCUAAGAUCUGCACCCUAACCCCCAACGGUCACCUGGACCUGUCCCCAACGCCCACGGGUCUGUACACGUCCGACAGGCUCACUUUCGCUCUGGGCUCACGCAAAAACAGUGUCAUCUCUCUGGGCAGGGCUAACCUGGAGGGCAGGGCUAACCUGGAGGGCAGGAUCCUGUGUCGGGGGAGCAGCUCCCUGUACCACAACUGGGGCCGCCCUGCAUCCCAGACCCAGGCAAUUUGGGGCCGGCGGUCCAGCUGGAACAGCCUGGGUCGCCCCUCCCGAGCCUUGGGACUGGGAUUGGGGGUAGGAGGAGGGGGUAGCCUGCGUUCCCGCAGCCCCCACGCCACCCACCCGGCCGAGCAGGAGUCCCUCCUCUCCCCCCCUCACCCUCCUCCGCACCUCACCCACCCUCCUCCCCUCCUGGCGCUAAACUUUGUCCCGCGGCGGGACCGCCGGGCACUGUCCUUGGAGCUGCCGGAGCUCCUCCAGGUCCCGGGAACCCCCCUGGCGUCAAUGCUACCUUGCCCCAGGAAGAAGAGCUUCUCCAGUGGGUUGGUUGGUGGAGGGGCUGGGGGGGAGCACCAGGACUGCAAUGGGAAGGCCCCAUCAGCCCAGCUCCAGCUUCAACUUCAGCUGCCGCCACAUCCACAUCCCCAUCCACAGCUACUGACAGAGGUGUUCCCUCAGGUCAACACACGCAAGGACAGAGAGGACCUGGACGAUGACAUUGACUAUAGUCUGUGUUUCCGUAUCCAGAAGAUGAUGGAGGUGUACAGGCCAGAGUGGUGUGAGACCAGAGAGGACUGGUCUGUCUUCCUCUUCUCUCCUCAGAACAGGUUCAGGCGGGUAUGCCAGUCCAUCAUAGCCUACAAGAUGUUUGACUAUGUGGUGCUAGCGUUCAUCUUCUCCAACUGCAUCACCGUGGCUCUGGAGAGACCCAAGAUCAUGCAGGGCAGCCUGGAAAGAGUCUUCCUAACCAUCUCCAACUACGUCUUCACAGCCAUCUUUGUAGCAGAGAUGACGCUCAAGGUGGUGUCUAUGGGCCUGUAUAUAGGGGAACAGGCAUAUCUGAAAAGCAGCUGGAACGUGUUGGACGGCUUCCUGGUCUUUGUGUCGUUGAUUGACAUUGUGGUGUCAAUGGCGGGCGGGGCUAAGAUUCUGGGGGUACUGAGGGUUCUCCGAUUGCUCCGCACACUGCGCCCCCUCAGGGUGAUCAGUCGAGCCCCAGGUCUGAAGCUGGUAGUGGAGACUCUAAUAACGUCUCUGAAACCUAUAGGAAACAUUGUCCUUAUCUGCUGUGCUUUCUUCAUCAUAUUUGGUAUCCUGGGGGUGCAGCUGUUCAAAGGGAAGUUCUUCUACUGCUUUGGCCCCGACGUCAAGAACAUCACCAACAAGUCUGACUGUCUGCAGGCCAACUACAAAUGGGUCCAUCACAAGUACAACUUUGACAACCUGGGACAGGCUCUGAUGUCCCUGUUUGUGCUGGCUUCAAAGGACGGCUGGGUCAACAUCAUGUACCAUGGCCUGGAUGCUGUAGGGGUGGACCAACAGCCAGUGAUCAACAACAGUCCAUGGAUGCUCCUGUACUUCAUCUCCUUCCUCCUCAUCGUCAGUUUCUUCGUUCUCAACAUGUUUGUGGGCGUGGUAGUGGAGAACUUCCACAAGUGCCGUCAGAACCAGGAAGUGGAAGAGGCUAAAAGGAGAGAGGAUAAACGACGGAGACGCAUGGAGAAGAAGAGGAGGGACGCCCAGAAGAUCCCCUACUAUGCCAGUUACAGCCCCAUCCGCCUGUGGAUCCACACUCUGUGUACCACCUACUACCUGGACCUCUUCAUCACCUUCAUCAUCUGUAUCAACGUCAUCACCAUGUCACUGGAACACUACAGCCAGCCACGAUCUCUAGAUCUAGUGUUGAAGUACUGUAACUAUUUCUUCACAUCCACCUUUGUACUGGAGACCCUCCUGAAGCUCACCGCCUUUGGCUUCCGACGCUUCUUUAAAGACAGGUGGAACCAGUUGGAUCUGGCCAUCGUGUUGCUGUCAGUGAUGGGCAUCACUCUGGAGGAGAUCGACUACAGCGCUUCUCUCCCCAUCAACCCUACCAUCAUACGCAUCAUGAGGGUGUUGAGGAUCGCACGAGUUCUGAAGCUGCUGAAGAUGGCUAAAGGAAUGAGAGCUCUGCUGGAUACGGUGGUCCAAGCCCUACCACAGGUGGGGAACCUGGGCCUGCUCUUCAUGCUCCUGUUCUUCAUCUAUGCAGCACUGGGGGUUGAGCUGUUUGGAGAACUGGUGUGUAACGAGGACUACCCAUGUGAGGGGAUGAGCCGCCAUGCUACCUUUGAGAACUUUGGCAUGGCCUUCCUCACUCUGUUCCAGGUCUCCACUGGGGACAACUGGAAUGGGAUCAUGAAGGACACGUUGAGGGAGUGCCCUCCGGACUACGGGCCUGACUACUCCUGCAACCCCAGCCUGCAGUUCAUCUCUCCCAUGUACUUUGUGUCCUUUGUGUUGACGGCCCAGUUCGUCCUGAUCAACGUGGUGGUGGCGGUGUUAAUGAAGCACCUGGACGACUCCAACAAGGAGGCCAAGGAGGAGGCGGAGAUGGACGCUGAGAUUGAGCUGGAGCUGGCCACGGGGGCCCUAUGCUGCAUGGGGCCGGAGGGAGUCUGUGCAGGAGGGAAGAAAGGUGGAGGAGCAGGGGGAGGUGGAGGAGGAGAGGAGAGAGGGAUGGGAGUCCCAGGCAGUUCCUCCGGGGGGAAUAUGCAUCAUCACGUGGCAAUGACGCAUCCAGGAACACUGCAAGAUCCGAACAAUCGUGAUCCCUACUCUCCUGCACAGGAGAGUCAGUGGCUGGACAGUGUGUCUCUGCUGAUUAAGGACUCAUUUGAAGGAGAGAUGCUGAUGAUUGACAACCUCUCUGGAUCUGUCUUCCAUCACUACUCUUCUACCUCUCCUCCUGCCUGGAAGGACUGUAAGAGCCACCCACAACUAGAGCAGAUCCGGCUGGCAGAGAUAGAGCAGGCAUCUCUGAGGUCAGACCAAAUGUCAGACAAGUCGUCGUCUCCGGCCCUACCUGAUGACCUCAGCCUGGACGACCAGAGUGUCCACCAGCUGCUGGUGCGGGAGGGAAAGGAGGAGAGGGGCAGUGACUCCCAGGGCUCAGAGGAGGCUGGUGGAGGAGGGGACUCCUUGACCCAGGCCCAGACAGGGGGGUCAAGGCGCUGCAGGGCCCACAGUUCAGUAGCCGAGGAGAGGGCUCCGCUUCUGGUGGAGGUGGGGGUCCAUCAGAGACACAAGACCCCAUCCCACCACAGCCCUGGUGGCACCUCCUGCAGUAGCACUAAGGCAGGAGAAGGAUCAGAUGAGGGAGUAAGAGGAGGAGGAAGAGUAGGAGCGGCCAGUGCCUCUGGUUCUCCUGCUCUUAUCCAUCUGCCAGCGGAGUUCUUCCACCCUGUGGCAGCAGCGACCCUGCCGGCACCCCCCAGGGCCAGAGUAGGGCGCACCUCGCGGGGCCUCAGACUCACCUCCCCGGCCUCCUGGUCCUCCCUGCGCUCCCCAGGAGCCCACAGCCGGGUGCUCUGCACGCAGUACCCGUCCCAUAGUGACUCGUCUCUGGCCACGGGGAGCUCCGAUGGCAGCCUCCAGACCACCCUGGAGGAAGGACUCAGCUUCAGUGUUUCGCCCCCUCAAGACCUGGCGUCCCCCCUCCCUCCUCUCCCCCUGCACUGCCCCCCGCUCCCUGAGGACCCCACCAGCUGCCCAGCAGGCCAGACUCUGAGACCGCGACCCAGCCCCUCGUCAGGACCUGCCCUCACCCUCCAGGCCACUCGGGGCCACCAGCGGAGCCAGAGCAGCGGCAGGGGUAGCAUCAGCCCCGGCUAUACCCGGGAGGACUCCAUGGACCCCGUUCCAUGUGACCUGGAGGACCUGGGCAUCGGGAUCAGUUCGUCCAUCGGGGGGUGUGGCUCCAGCCAGGCGGGCAACAGCGAACACUUGUCAGAGACGCUAAGCAGCCUGUCGCUCACAUCGUUGCUCUCGCCCGCCUCCCUGGCACCCCCGGGGGUGAAGAAAUGCAACAGCACGGGGAGCUUGAACCAGGGGGCGAGGAGGGGGGAGGGGAGACAGAUCCUAGGGUUGGAGUUGGACCACCAGGGCUUCCUGGCCAACCCUUGGGGAGAGAGUGGGGGAGGCAGAGGAGAGGAGGGACAGUUGGGAGAGGCGCCGGGCCUCAAGGGGAAAAGCUCAAGCCAAACAACAGUAGGGUCCUGUAGUAAAAACAGAUGAAGCCUGAAUCCCUUAUUGUCUACUACCGCUCCUAUUAGGAUUCAUCAACCCAUUACUGUUCCUCUCCGUCCCCCUCAGGCAGAGAGAAGUUUGACGUUUUUGACAACGUGUGAUGUAAUCCCGUGAAUUCCUAUAACCAAACCCCUCCCUCUCGCUAUAUAAAUAUGUAUGUUUAUGACCCCCCCUGUUCCAUUUUGUGCUACCAUGUGGCAGUGGUUCAGGUGUGGAGGGUCAGAGGUCAAACGGUGGAAGGUUAAAGGGGAUUACAGGUGUGACCCCUGUGGUGAGGGGGUGGGGGGCUGGGAUGGACCCCCCAUCAUACCCCUCUGGAGGAGAAGGACCCCCAGAGUAGGAGACAGAGCAGGAGGGCUGCAUCAUCAUAUCAGGGAGAUAUACAUAGAAGACGCAGACAGAGACAAGCUGAGACAGAGAUCUAACGAGAACAUUUUGUCUUAUCCUCGUUCCUGUUUUCCUGUUUGUUUUCAUUUUUUCUUCGGCUUCACAGAAGUUUAAAAUGCAAAAAUAGAAUAUCUAACAAAACUGAGCUGAACAAGCCAACAGAUUUUAUUUAUUUUUCAGUGUGGCUUUACAUCACAGUGUAGGAGGAGGCUGUAUGUACGUUGCGGUGUAGGAUGAGCCUGAAUGUACGUCACGGUGUAGGAGGAGGAAGUUUCUCCAUGAGGGCUGAAGCCAGAUCUGUUGUGGCAGACGGAGGCUACAGGUCCUUGUGUGUGGAGUGGAGGAGGGGUGAGGAGGUUUAGGUUGAACAGAGGUAGUGUAGAGUUCACCUGAGAAGGAGUUGUUAUAGUGGAAGAGCUGAGACUUAGGUAGCAAAAGCAUGCGUUAACUUAUCAUCACCAUCACCUAACCCCUUCCCUCCAUCGGUACUUUUCAGGAAGGACUGUAUGUGUGUGUGUGUGUGUCUAAGUGAUAGUAUAACAGGAAAAAGAGAGACAGAGAGAUAGAGACCAUACUAAGAUCCCACUCCUGCAUGCAGCAGUUUGUGAAAUAGGCUCUUUUAUCCCAACGUCACUCACUCAGAGAGGAGGACAGGGAGUGAAUGAGAGAGACAAGACAGCCUGCUAUAUCCACUCACAGUAGCAGAGCCUCUCUGUCAAAGACACUGGCCCUCCUGAGACAAACAAACUAAGGAGACGAGACGAGCACCAUUCACUCUGGGAGAUGAAAAACUCACACCUGCAUACAGUUGCUUCACAAUGGAAUGUGUGUGAAAUUCAAACCUGUCACUUCUUUCUCUUUGUCACUUUGCGAAAGGAAGAAAGGAAGAAUAUAUCAGAGAUAUGAAUUCCAGACCAAUAGAACCUCCUAGAAGAUAGAGGCAGUUUGCCUGCAUGAUGGAAUUAUUGCAUUUUACCCAAGAGUUUUAAUAUAUAUACCGAAGUGUAUCAAGAUGUCAAUGUUGGGAUGAUAAUUAUAAAGUGGUUUCUAUUCCAAUAUUUUUUUAGAAUACAGAAUAGGAGCGUGACAGUGUUGUCAUGACUUUGUCCUUAACCUAUACCUUACCCGUACGAUUUCUCGUAUAACUUAUUGUCGAAAACCACUUGUCUGCAAAUGGCUUUCAGUUUUAUAAUGUGGGGUUAAAAAUAUAUACUUUUUAUUAUUAAAAGUGUGUGGAAAGAACAACCAAGCAAAAAAAUGUAAAUAAGCUCUGUGCGCUGAAGAAAAAGUUCCCUUGGGCACACGUAACUUUGGGAAUUUUGGUUCCUCCUGGAAUUUUGGAUUUUGGAAUCCCAAAUGAAGACCAAAGGAGGGAAGGGCCAUAAUUUCGCAGCACAGGAGAACAUUUCCUAAUCACAGACAUUCCCGGGACGAACAGGGAACGUUGUCGCUUAGCUUAGCCUCCUAUGCUAACACCAAGACGAAAAAACAUUGCUGAUCUUUUUGAAAGCUUUAAUUUGAGUGUCAUACUAAUACAUGAUGACACAUCUAAUUAUUGACACAUCAAUGUUCCUUAGCAUGGUUAUGGGAUUGCAAUAGGAUGCUUCUCCUUGUUUAAAAGAUACGUAAUUCACUCACCCCCUCUAUCUCUCUCUCUAACACACAUCUGUAGUAGCAAACCCUAGUUUUGAUAUCAAGCUGUCACUGUAACGAUGAAUAAACAUUGUAUCUUUUCCCAA